AAAUUGGGCAAUUUUGGAAUCUGGGAAUAUAACACUAGGGAGCUCUGCGUAGUUGGAUUGUCAUUUCAGAAAUGUUGGCCAUGGAAUAAACUUAAGCUCUGUAAUUUGGUCAAGUUAGUAAUGAAGAGGAGUCAGAAUCUGUACCUUAUUAAAGUGAUUGUCUUCCUUGUAGCCGUUUGUUGUAUUGUUGGGACUUAUUAUGCAUUUAAUCCAAACUUUCUGCCUCCUCUCAUCGGUACACCUCUUUCAGGUAGAAGUGAACGUCAUGUAUUCACCACGAAAGAUAUUAUUCAAGUGAUGGUAGUUUCGGAGGAAGCAAGGCUGGGUGGAGCAAUAGCAACAAUCAACAGUGUUAUCAGUAACACGAAAAGCCCUGUUCAUUUCUAUUUAGUCACAGAUAACUCAUCAAUUGAUCAUCUAUCUGUGUGGAUUGAAAAGUCUGACCUCAAAAAAAUAUCCUAUGAAAUUAAACUUUUUCCAAAAGAAUGGUUAAAGGGAAAAAUUGCUCUGAAGGAUGAGACCAAACACGCAAGUUAUUUGAACUAUGCCAAGCUAUUCAUACCAAAGUUAUUUCCCCAAAUUAAAGGAAGGCUUGUUUAUUUGGAUGAUGACAGUAUUGUUCAAGGAGACAUAGCAGAACUGGCCAACUCUUCAAUAGCUGCUGGUCAUGUUGGAGCAUUUACCCUUGACUGUGACUCUGUGUCUAAGCACUUUAACUCCAUAGGGAAUAAAUAUGGAAAUUUUCUUGAUCUGAAAAAUAAAGCACUGAAAGAUAUUAAAAUCAAUCCAGCAGACUGUGUCUUCAGUCUAGGAGUUUUUGUUCUGAACUUGACAGAGUGGGAGUCGCAAGGGAUUGGAGUCAAGCUUGACAAGUUAAUGGAGUUAAAUGUUAAUCUUGUUUCAGGUUUGACAACAGGAUCUAGAUAUUCAAAACAUUUCCUUCAGAAAGCUAAGCUCUUGCAUUGGGAUGGACAUUUUAAACCCUGGGUUCGCCGAGCCCCUUAUUCUGACAUGUGGAAAAAAUAUUACAUAACCGACCCUUUCCACAAGUUUCACAUUCCUAGUCAGAGAGAAUCUUAAUUUUGUAUGUGUUCUUUACGUUUCUUUUUCCCAUAAGUCUGUUAAUGUUUACUAGCUCAAGAAUUAUAUUCCCUGGCUCUGAAAGAAGCUAUAUUUAUUGUUUUGAUUACUCAGUUACAAAUAGUAUCGAAUAGAUAUCUAUUCUUUACUGUUGAUAGGCAAUUUUGUUUCUCAAAUGGAGAAUACACUUCAUUGUUUUGCCAGAUGAUCUAUUUCUUAUACUUCUGAUAGUGGAAAGUUAUGUGUGUGGAAAGAACAUAACUAGAAGGCUAAUUUCAAUGAAAUUCAAUAAAUACUUUAAUAAUAUUCAUCGUGGGUUUCUGAUCUGAUUUGGCGUUCGAGAAAUCUUACCUUAUCAAUAAGGAACAAAGGUUUCACUUGUAAUAGUUUAAUGUGGUUUUUAAAUAGUCCAGAAAGUUAAGAAGGGUAGUACAAAGAGAAAGUGAAUGCAUAUUCUUUUAUGUAUGUACAGAUUAUUCUGACUGAUUAAGCUACAUAUACAACCAAUUUGCUGUUUGAAGUUGUACUAAAGAACCUCAGGUUUAUAAUUAAGUCUUCUUCAAUUAAAUAAAUGUUAAUAUUAACAUACUUAAUCUUCUGAAGUUUUUAUGAAAGUUUGAUUCAGCAUAAAUUUAUCAUUUCAGAUGGUGUGCAACAUUUGGUGUUGAUUUUCAUUUUUUUCAGGAUCUUCAAUUUAAGUAUUGGUUAAAGAGAACCUAUAGGUAGAAGUUAAAUGUUUCUCAGUCAGAUGUUUUAUACUGUUUGGACUAGCAAAAAUAAACUUCACUUGGGAUCCAGGUUUUUGUUACGUAUUAGAAUAAUUUUCUUUGAACUAGUAAGCUCGUUUAGAAAAUAGUGUGUUAAGUUUAUCAAGGUCUAUCUUUGAACUAGUAAGCUCGUUUAGAAAAUAGUGUGUUAAGUCUAUCAAGGUUCCAAAUUUUUAUGAGUAUUGACAUGUUUUUCUUUUAACUAAAAUAGCUUGGUGAUUAGUGAGUAAAGUCUCGUUAGAAUUCAGUCUAAGUACUUAGUUGUUUCUGUUUGGUUUUUUUUUCAUGAGUUACCACAUUUAAUCAAUGCAUGUUGUUUUGUGUUUUAUUUUAAUGUUUAAAUCUACACCUUAGCAUUGUUAAUUAUAAAUGUUAUUUUAAGAUUAUACAUGUACUCUACCAGCACAAACCUGAAGUGUUUUCAGUGAUCUGCAUUUUUGAUAGAGAUUAACAAUGAACAAAAACUUUCGCUGUGACAUAUUUACUUUGUGUUGUGAUAGAAUAUUUGAAACGUCCAUUUCUGCAGUGAAUGCUAAAACCACGUGCAGCUCAACAAACCGAAACAUUUUGAAAGGUUAAAGUGAUGAAAUUUACGAUUUUCAUGGGUGACGUAUGUCUUCUGCUCUUUUUAAGUCUUGUUGCUUGAAUUUUUCUGGUUUGUUACAAUUUUAUAAUUUACACAGUAUUUUACUUAAUAUGUAUCUGUAAGAUAAAGUCAUAAUACAUGUGUGUGUGGAAAAAUUCAUUAAGGAAUAAAAUUUAAACUCUUGGCAUUCUAAGAUUUUAGGUAGAAGUAAUAUUAGAAGUUGAGUAUUUUGUGUAUAGAUAUUUAGAAAAUAAAGUUUAAUAUAACUAA